UCCAAGUUUAGUGACACUGUAGUAACCACAAAUUAAAGAAAUGUCAAUUAAUUAUUAUUAUAAUAAAUUAUACUAGUUCGCUAGAAAGUAAAAUGUAUGAGGAUCAGUUUGAUAUAGCAGGAAAACUAAGCAUGGGACCACACACAUUAGACAUACCUCCUUUAUUAUAUGAAAUGAAUAGGAAAAGAUUAGUAACAGAACUACAGAAAAUACAAGAAGAUUCCGCUGUAGUACUUCAAGGAGGAUCUAAUGAACCUAUUUAUGAUACUGACGGCUCUUAUAUAUUCAAACAAGAAUCUUAUUUCCUUUGGUCUUUUGGAGUAAUAGAACCUGAUUGUUAUGGACUCAUAGAUGUCGUCUCUGGAGAUUCUUAUCUAUUCGUCCCUCAGUAUCCAGUAGAAUACGCGGUUUGGAAUGGACCUCUACCAACUUUAGAAGAAUUUAAAAAAAAAUAUAAGGUGAAUUAUAUUAAUUAUGUGGAUCAUCUUAGUCAAACGAUUAAAGAAUUAAAUAGGUCAGUGUUGCUUACACUAAGUGGUAUAAAUUCGGACAGUCUCCUUAAAACAAAAGAAGCUAAUUUCGAAGGACUUAAUAAAUUUAAUGUGGAGAAGAAUAUUCUCUAUCCAAUUAUAAGUAAUCUUAGGGCUAUUAAAACAAAUUACGAAAUCGAAGUUAUGAAGUAUGUCAUAGAUAUAUCUUCUGCAGCUCAUAGGCAUGUCAUGAGAAUAGCUAGAGCAGGACUAUAUGAAUACCAGUGCGAAUCAGAAUUUUUACAUUAUUGCUACCAACAUGGUGGUUGUAGAAAUACAUCCUAUCAAAGUAUAUGCGGAUCUGGUGUUAACUCUGCUAUUAUACAUUAUGGACAUGCUGGUCAUCCAAAUAACUCACUAUUAAAAAAUGGUAUGUUGUGUUUAUUUGACAUGGGUGCAAACUAUUUUGGUUAUUCAGCAGAUAUCACAGUAACUUUUCCUGUAGGUGGAAAAUUUUCUGCAGAUCAAAGAUUUAUAUAUGAAGCUGUUUUAAUGGCAAACACAUCAGUAUUUCGAGCUGCAAAACCAGGGGUGUCAUGGGUAGCCAUGCAUUUAUUGGCUAAUAGAGUACUAUUAGAACAGCUUAAAAAGGGGGGACUUUUGCAAGGGAGCAUAGACGAAAUGGUAGAUGCAAAUUUGGCUGCUGUAUUCCAACCACAUGGGAUAGGACACCUAUUGGGCCUGGAUGUUCAUGAUGUAGGAGGGUAUUUAGAAGGGCAUCCUGAACGUCUUCCUACACCUGGAUUAAAAAACUUAAGAACUGCAAGGAAAUUGGAGCAAAAUAUGAUUAUUACUAUUGAGCCUGGAUGCUACUUCAUAGAUCCUAUAUUAGAUAAAGCUUUAAAGGAUUUUAAUUUAUCAAGGUUUAUAGUUCCAAAUACUCUUAAGAGAUUUAGAGGUUUUGGUGGGGUUCGCAUAGAAGAUGAUGCACUAGUUACUGAGAAUGGAAUGGUCAGUCUAACAAAAGUGCCAAGAACAGUUGAAGAAAUUGAAGAUUGGAUGGCUGGGAAAAAUGAUCAUAAAUAUGGACCUGUUAGUAUUAGCGAUUUUUCUAUUGAAAGAUAAAGUAAUAUAUUUUUUUUAAACUAUAACUCCCCACUAGAAAUUCCAUGAUGUAUAGCUCUAGCCUAUACCAUGUAAAGAUAAAUCAUGAGAUGUACUAUAUGACUGUUUUUGAGUUUUAUUUUGCAACGCGUAUAGUCUUUUCAUAUUUUAAUAAAAUUUAAAGUAUACAUGGUGUUCUUCUC